CUACUCUCUACGGUGAUGACUGCCCACCCCUUGUUGGGCUGCACCCAAUUCAUCCAUUGCCCUCCCAAAAUGUCACCACAUGCCCAGGUGCAGGUGUAGGUGGUCAUCGUCGCCCGUUCCCAUCUCUCUGAACCCGUACAGUAGCUCAUCUGCAUCGUGGAUAUAAUAAUUUCCAUCGCCCCGCGAUUCCGCCAACGUCUUCUCUCAUCCACCACGCGCGCUCCUAUAUACAAUACAACCUGAUCGCCUACUCCAAACAAACAACAACAACGUUUAAUCACAGCUUCUUCGUCGCAGGACUCAGCACCAUUAAUCUCUCUCCAUCGCAACCAACGUCAACUACCACCUCUCCAUUUCAAACAUCAUCAUGAAGUCUUUCGGUCUCAUCAUCGUCGGCGCUGCUGCCGCUGCUGCCCAGGUCCAGAUCCCUGCCGGCAUCCCAGCCUGUGGUACCGUCUGCAUCAAUAACAUGAACGACAAGGCUCCCAUGCUCGGCUGCACCGCCGGCGACUUGGUCUGCUACUGCAACACCCCUAACUACGGUUUCGGCAUCCGUGACUGCUCCAACGAAAGCUGCCCGAACCAAGCCGAUGCUCAAGCUGCCAUCGCUGCCGGCAUCACCUACUGCUCCAGUGUCCUCGCUGGUGCAGGCUCAGGCAACAACGGCACUGCCCAGUCGACCGGCACUGGCGCGGUCGCUUCUGCUCCCACCACCACUGCCAUCACCACCUCUGCCUUGACCAGCGCCUACACCACUGAUGGCGGCUCUGUUGUGCCCACCACCACCGGCUCGACCACCAUCUACGGCUACAACGGCACUCCCAUUGCCGGAGCCGUCGGUGGUGCCACUGGUGCCAACAGCGCUCCCACUACCACUGCCAUCACCACCUCGGCUCUUACCAGCGUCGGCACCAGCAACGGCUCGGCUUUCACCACCACCACCGGCUCCACCACCAUCUCCGGCUACAACGGUACCCCGAUUGCCGGCGGUGCUGCCACCACUUCGGGCCAGACCACUGCCGUCACCAGCAAUGGCUCGACCUCGACCGCCACCACCGGCCAGAGCACCGUCACCACCAGCCCGGUCAGCUCUAACCGCCCUGCCACCACCUCCACCACCAGCCCCAACGCCGCCAUGAAGACUGCUGCGCCGGCCUUCCUCGGUCUCGCUGCCCUUGCCGUCCUUGCUCUGUAAGCGAGCUGUGACGAAAGGAGUGUGCAGAUGGGUUUUGGAUAAACCUUCAACGGUGUGAGAGAGACAGAGGAGGAGAGAUUUGAUGAGGUGAAGGCGAGCCAACGCGGAUGCGAGCCGCCUUCCCAUUUUUCGUUUUGAUGCGCUAUGAUACCACUUCCCCCCCAGAAAUGAACAUGUACCCCUGUGGGCGUGUCCCCUUCUUGUAAUGAAUUAGGAUCGAG